CGCUCGCGCUAGCUGGACUCGCCAACACAGCCAGCAACUCCCAACGGGCGCCUUUUAAAAGCCGGCCGCCGGCCUUCCACCCUCGGUCUCUCACGCUCACAUUCGGAGAGAAAGAUAGAGGGACAAGAGUCCUUCGGAAAACUUUUGCAGAGGGAGAGGCAGAGGGGAGAGAAGCUUUGAUUGUUGAUAGGAUGGCCACGGAUCGGAGUGCGUCGCGAGGGGACGAGGGGGAGUGCCGCGUGGCGCUGGUGCAUGGCGGCGUGAAGGAGGAGUGGCAAGUGGUGGCCGGCGAGGGCGAUUCUUGUUGUAAGCUCGGGCGGAGGGUAUGGGAGGAGUCGAAGAAGCUGUGGGUGAUCGUAGCGCCGGCCAUGUUCAGCCGCGUCGUCACCUACGGCAUGAACGUCAUCACGCAGGCCUUCGCCGGCCACCUCGGCGACCUCGAGCUCGCCGCCAUCUCCAUCGCCAAUACCGUCGUGGUCGGCUUGAACUUCGGCCUCAUGCUUGGCAUGGCGAGCGCGCUGGAGACGCUGUGCGGGCAGGCGUUCGGCGCCAAGAAGUUCCACAUGAUGGGGGUGUACAUGCAGCGGUCGUGGAUCGUGCUCUUCAUGUGCGCGGUGCUGCUGCUGCCCAUGUACUUCUUCGCGGAGGACGUGCUGCUGCUGACGGGGCAGUCGCCGGCGCUGUCGGCGAUGGCGGGGAAGGUGUCCGUCUGGUUCAUCCCGCUGCACUUCUCCUUCGCCUUCCUCUUCCCGCUGCAGCGGUUCCUGCAGUGCCAGAUGAAGAACUUCGUCAACGCCGCCGCCUCCGGCGUGGCGCUAUGCAUCCACAUCUUUGCCAGCUGGCUCUUCAUCACUAGGUUCCAGUUCGGGCUCGUCGGUAUCGCGCUCACGCUCAACUUCUCGUGGUGGGCGACCACGGCGAUGCUCUUCGCCUACGUCUCCUGCGGCGGGUGCCCGGAGACGUGGCACGGAUUCUCCGUCGAGGCGUUCGCCGGUAUGUGGGAGUUCGUCAAGCUGUCCUCGGCGUCUGGUGUUAUGCUAUGUUUGGAGAACUGGUACUACAGAAUCCUCAUCAUGCUCACCGGAAACCUCAAGAACGCGGCUAUUGCAGUGGACGCGCUGUCCAUCUGCAUGACGAUUAACGGAUGGGAGAUGAUGAUUCCACUGGCAUUCUUCGCGGGCACCGGAGUGCGUGUGGCCAACGAGCUCGGCGCCGGCAAUGGAAAAGGCGCAAGGUUCGCGACGAUCGUCUCAUCGGCGACCUCGCUGGUGAUCGGGCUCUUCUUCUGGGUGUUGAUCAUGGGCCUCCACGACAAGUUCGCGCUCAUCUUCACCUCCAGCUCCGUCGUGCUGGACGCCGUCGACAAUCUCUCUGUCCUGUUGGCCUUCACCAUCCUCCUCAACAGCAUCCAGCCCGUCCUCUCAGGUGUGGCAGUUGGGUCCGGUUGGCAAUCCAUGGUUGCCUACGUCAACAUCGGCUGCUACUACCUCAUUGGCAUACCCAUGGGCAUCCUUCUCGGAUGGCUCUUCAACCUUGGCGUCCUGGGAAUCUGGGCGGGCAUGAUCGGCGGGACCGCCGUGCAGACGCUGAUUCUGGUCAUCAUAACAGUUCGUUGUGACUGGGAAAAGGAGGCAAUGAUCGCGAGCACGCGCAUGGACAAGCUGUCGGAAGUUCGGUGAUGGCAGGAUCUGGUGUACAUAGGAUCUGCAGUUGUAUUUGUUCGGGACCGUGUGUUGGUUUGCGCGUGUUUCUACUCGCUGCGUGUGGCUUAUCCCCAUUUUUUGCCGUUUGGCCGGAAGAACAAGAUGCAAAUUAACGAAGUGACAGGACGGCUUGAAGACGGUGGCUUGGCUCUGUUGGCUUGAAAUUUUUGCACCAUGCAAUUUUGUCAGUUUCGUCUUAUGGUUACCAGAGUGUAUUUCUUCUCGUGAUAAAGCAAUGUGAUUCAUGCA